CGCGCGCACGUCGCGGCCCCUCACUAACAAACGAUUGCGAACAACUGUGCUCACUCGUGCCCGUUACAAUAGUGUUUAUAACAGUGCCUGUUUACAUUUAAAAAUACACAUUGAAGGACGGGACUUGCACAACGAAAAGAUAAACGAUUUUGGCUCCAAUGCCGUUCUGAAAACGAAGAGUGCAGAGACAGUAAUUAAUCGAGUAACGAGACGAGGAUGUGACGUGCUGACGACGUGACGGGACUUUAGAGAGACGCCAUCUUCUUCAAUGUAUAAACUUGUUGGAACAGAGAUGGCGCUGUUUUGGUGCGUGGUGACGGGACUCUUGGCGAGCUCGCUGGCUCAGUCAAACUAUGACUCGCAGGCGAACAACAUCGAGUACCAGGGAGAAGGGCUGCCGGAGCAGACAGUGUUGGAUGGGAAGGUUACGAAGUUAGACGACCUGAGUCCGUACAUUCUUUUGAACAGAACCAAAGCUGAGUUGAACUGCACAGCUGGCUCAAUGCAGAUUGAGCUGAAGUUCCAUGAGAAGUUUUACGGUAUAGUAUAUGCGGACUUCGACCGGCACUCGGCAUGCCAGGUUCGGGGCAAGGGCCAGCUCUCCUACAGGAUGGAGCUGCCCUUGAAAGGUUGCGGAACGAGGCAGGAGCCGCUCCGCGUGUUCACCAACAACAUCGUGGUCCGGUUCCAUCCCAACCUCGAGAUGGAGGGUGAUGAGGUGAUUACUAUUGUGUGCCGGUACCCGCCGCCGGUGGUGCAGGCGCCGCCAAUACUCGGGCCUUACAUAGCACCAGUCCCAGAAGGUCCAUUGUCGGUUCACGCACCACUGGCCGGUACCCACAUACUGAUGAUAAUCUGCGCGAUCCUCUUCCUCACGCUACUGCUUCUCGGAUUGGGAGUAUCGUACUUGUGUCUGCGCAGACGAGCUGUCCCCGUACCGAGGAGACUCAUCGAUGACUCCUCAGCGUCUAUCAUCAGCAGGGAGAGUAUACAAGAGGUGAAGAUCCCACGCGCUCAUCCGGUAUACCCGGCUGCAGCCGAGAGCGCCAGCGUCGCGUCCGACACCAUCCCGUCCGACUACCCGUCCGAGACGCCUAGCGAGGCAGAACACGCCCACGCCAACCAAGCGUUCGUGGUCGACGAGUACCACAGCGAAGGGUACGGCGAAGCGCACGAGACGCUGGCUCGCAAUUCUCGUAUGGUGGCGGGCGCGGCGCCGGCCUUCGACGUGCGCGUGCGAGUACAGCGCCCGCCUGCGGCCCCCUCCCCGCCUUCCAGCGUCACACUAACCGAGACCGACGCAGGCAGCAUGAGGCAAACGAUGAUAAUGGAGCAGGAGCGGCAAGAAUCCGUCAGGACAGUAUCGCCCGUAGCUCUACCGCUGCCGGCACGCGCCGCUCAACUACCGCCACCGGAGCGACCGCCGCGUCCGCCAGCGCAUUCGCAAUACAAACAGGAGUGGUCGCGGGGGCCGCGGUCCGUCGUGUCCCUCAACACGGAGAUGACGGACACUCACUCCGUCACCGAGGUCACUGACCGCUCGCACGCUAGGAUGUUCCAUAUCAGGAAACCUCCUCCACCUCCUCCAAUGAUGAGCGAGCGUCUGGAGACAGAAGAGCAAGAAGUGCUGAUGGAGAGCUUGGAGCCAAUACCUGAGACACCCAUCAUGCCAGCCAGGAAACCAGAAAUCACGUCCCAUGUAGUGGACGACGUGUUCCUCCGUACUAUAACUGAGAAGAAGACUAUAGAAGACAUAGAGAGGCACAAACGCCUUGUCACCGAGUACAAGCAGGUGCCGCCACCGCCGCCGCAGUUCGAUGUUACCAUUCGCAACCAUACUAUGCCUGAAGCUCAGUGGGAGAACUUCUCUGAUAUCAGCAGUGCCUCGGGCAUGACGCUGACGCCGAAGAUGGAGAGGGUGCCGUUAUCACUACCGCCGCAGAAAUAUAUAGGAAAAGGCGGUCCAGACCUCUUCUCCCCCGAGCUCAUUAAGCAGACGGAUCGCUCCAGUCACGCGCAGCACCCGCCUGGCCAGUUGCCCUUACUGCCGGAGCUGCCUCCUGCCAGGAACCCCCUCUAUAGGGACGAUGAUGAUGAAGACGUGCCUGAUCCCACACCCGCCCCACCAGUACCGCCUAAUUGGAGCGUGCUUACCAGAGUGCUGAAGACUGAGGCUCAGGAUGAGAUUCUCCUCGACACCGAGCGCUCUCUCCGCCUCACUCGCGAGGAACGUCUCCGUUGGCGUGAGGUGAUCACCCAUGAGAGCACCCUUCGCCGGGAACUGGCCAGGUCUUCCACCAGGGAGGAGUUCUCCAGAGUGGCUCACGAUCAUCGUUUCGCCCCGCUCUACCCGCCCCACAAAUGGGAAGUCAUCAUACGCAUCCUGGCCCCACCGCCGGAUAAACCCAAGAAUCGUUACCGUAAGAAGUCCGAGUGGGACUCGCGUUCGCGGCGCAGUUCCUUGCCCACGUUGUACGAGUACGACAGUGACGCCACAUCGCUGCGGGAGCCGCAGAGAUCCAGGAGAUCCUCAUACCGCAGCGACCAUGUUGACAUGAGGUCGAUGUCGGAGAUGAUGGUUGACUAUGCACGUGAGCAGGCGGACACUCACUCGGAGGUGUCGGGAACGCAGCUCGGCCGCUACUAUGACGACGAUAGUGACUCCGAACACCCCUUCCACAACCCACAAUCUUGGUCUCGCCACUCGCUGCACCGUUCUGCAAGCCAGCCUUCGUUAGCACGCUCCGCAACUGAAGUGGUGGAGCAGUGGACCGCACCCGAUGGUGACGUCACACCCACGCCCGGACGGAGGAUCAGAGGUCCUCAAGGUUUAUCUACCUUCACGACAUCUGAAGUCCGCACAUUCCAAGCCUCCUCGAGAGAAUGGCGCGAUUAAAUAUGAAGAAAACAAGUCAAGUCAAAUUAAUUUCUUUUUAAUGCGCUAACGCAUUGAAAUUCAGGCCAUAAUUUGUAAUAUAGUUGCGUCAACAGAUGGCGCUGAUAUGAAAAGUUAAUUUAGUUCAAAUACAAUGCAAUAUGAUAUUAUAUAGUCAUAGUCAUUCGAUCGUCACCACUUAUUGUUGAACAAUAAUAGAAUUAUGCAAUAAUAAAAAUGAAAAUGUACAAUAUUUUCCUUAGAAAAAUAUACUUUUAGAUUAAUAUUCAGGAAACUAGUGAUAUCUCUCACUGCCUUUUGAAAUAAGUUUCUGUAUAUUCCCAUAAAUCAUCUUUUUAUUUUAGUUCUUGAACAGUGUUAUUAAGGUCCGUUCGCAAAUAAUCCUGUUAAAAUAUUUCAUAUAUUUUUUUGAUAUUUUCUGAUAAUAUUUUAAUUUUAAGCUAAUUCAUAAUACACUAACGGUAAAAUUUUAUCAACAAUUAAUUUGACGUCUGCCGCAGCCGUAAAAGGUGUACCAUCGAUGUACUUACCAUUAAUUAUAACUGAGAUCUAUUAUUAUAAACUUAAUAUAGUAUAAGAUAUACUUAAAUUGAUCACAAUAAAAUAUUUAUAUAGUAACUGUGCCAAAACGUAGUUUAUGAGCAAAUUUGAAUUGCUUAGUAAAUUGGCUAAAUAAGAAUUCUUCAUGUACAUUCCAUCGAAUUGAAAUACAAAAAGUGACAAUUGUAUUGUGUAAUUAAAUCUUGAUAUUAUUAUAAAUAAGCUUGCUAUUUAGUCUAUUUUCUAUUAAAAUCAUGUCGAUAAUUAAAAUAAGCUUUAAAUUUAUCUAAACUCUGAUGCAUAAUUAAUUAUUUUUCUAUAUCUUUAUUUUUUAUUAAUAUUGUGAAUUGAUAGAUACUUAAUAUCUCAUUGCUUACAUAGUUGUAAAUAUAAUUUGUAAGGGUCGUUUAUACCUAGCAGUUUAGGCAAGUUAAUAAUGGUGUCGAUUCUAGCAUGAUUCUCUAAACCUAAACUUAAAUUUGACAGCAGUAUAUCCUUGUCAUUCUCUAUACAGAAUGAAAAGGAGAGACUGAUGUUAUUUAGUAUUAAGUUUAGAGAAUCACGCCAGAAUUGGCACCGAUGUUUUAUUUCUUAGUUUGAAAAUAAUUUCUACUAAAGUCUUGCCUUUAUUGCUAUGUGAGAACUGCAAUGUGGGUAUGAUGGGAGACGGGAUUGUGCAAGAGUGCUCAAUAUUUUUUUAAAUUAACUUUAUUCUUUUCCUAUUGGAGACUAUUUUAAACGAAUAAAAAAAUAAUUAUACCUACUUAUCAAACAGGUAUAUGUAUAUUUUCAUGAAAGGUCUGUUUAGCCCUGUUUUUAGUCUCCAAUAAGAAUAUUUCUAAAUAUAUAACUAACAAUUGUACUAAUAUCUGAUGUAUGACAAACUCAGUGGUGCUACGCAAAUGUGUUUAUUAUUUUUUGAUUUCUCAUUUGGAUUUUCAACCAUCAACAAAGUGUAUUUUUGAUAUUUGUAAUAAAAUAUGCGUAAUUUAACAUUUUACUUCUUGUUUGACUCACUCAUCUUUUUGAACCGACAUUUUGCUGUACUUAGCUCCUAUGACGGCAUCAAUAACGUUUUGUUUUCUGAAAUAAAUCUAUCUAGCUUCAUUAUCGCAACGAGCAAUCCUUAAAAACGUAAUGUUCAAUUUAGGUGAUUUAAAAAUAAAAGUGUU